UCGUGGCCCGUAUCUCAUCGGUUAUAGUUCUGUACCCCGAGUUGUACGUCAAGUGGUUGAAUAAAUAAAGAGGACAUCUGGACUGACAGCAGCUGCCAGAAGGAAAACAUCCGGAGAGCAGCAUGCUGAAGACAUCUGAUAAACAGAGGGAUGAGAAACAUCCGAAGAUGUGAUACAACUUCAGUGGAGUUUGAGACACCCGGAUCGAAUGAGAUGGAUCAGGUCAAUCAGUUGAAUGAAUUGAUGAUUCAGCCCCUGAGGAAGAUCAAUCAGGUGGCCGAUGACAAGGGUAGAACAACGACCGCUCAAAAACGAUGGAGAAUGCUGGCGAGGGCCUUGACUCGUUCACCGGAACCUAUCGAGCCUGAGGAUGUUAUAUCUGUGAGGAGAUUCACAAGUUUCAAUCUCAUUGAGCCAAAGAUCAUGCAGAAUGCACCAGCUGAUGAUAAAUCCACCUGGUACGAGUACUCGAUUGGUCUCGAUCGUGAUCUAUAUGCUGUAGAAAUCAGGAGAAUCAACAAGACAUUCACUGCCAAUGAACUCAUCGGCUUCAACAACACGGGAAAUGUUUGUGUCUGGCCGUCUGAAGAGUGUCUCGGUUAUUACUUGCUGAAGAAUCAGAGGAUAUGCCGAAAUAAGACUGUGUUGGAGCUCGGUGGUGGGAUGAGCUGUCUUGCUGGUAUAAUUGUUGCCAAAUAUUGUGGACCAUCCGGUGUUACAUUAACAGACGGAAAUGUCACGAGUGUCGACAACGUUAGGUGUAUCAUUGCCAGAAACAACAUGGCUGAUUUUGUUAAAUGCGGAGUGGUGCAGUGGGCCAGGGCGGCUAAUGUCUUGAGACAAGCUGCCAAUGGCAAUCGGGCACAGACAUGGAGUCCCGAGACGGUGGACGAAUCCCGGCGAACUGAGGGCUUGUACGACGUCAUCCUCAGCGCUGAUUGUCUAUUUUUUGAUGACGUACGUUUGGAUCUGGUGGAGACGAUAUACGGAUGGCUAGCUGACGAUGGCAUUGCACUGAUAAUGGCACCAAGACGUGGUAUGACAUUCCAGAUGUUUGCGGAUGCUGCUGUUAAGAGGGGCUUCCUGGCGAGACAAAUUGAACGGUAUGACGCUGAGGUAUGGGCCAGACACCUGGAGCUGGGGGAUAAUUGUAACGAGUACUGCGCAGACAUACAUUAUCCCGUUUUACUGGAAUUAACGAAACAGAAGAAAACACCCCCCGGCUGAGUGAUCACCUCAAUCAAGAGUAAUCUGAUUAUUACACGGAGAUUAAAGUUUGAUUAAAAAAUAUUCAAAAGCAACUUCCGAUAUUAAUUGUUUCUCCGAUAUAUUUUUUUUUUCUGCUUUCUCCGUGUGGGGCGAUUGCUCUAGAUUUAUUCGAAAUUGUAAUCCGAUAUUUUAGGGACAAAGUGCCUGAUGGAGUCGUUGAAAAUCUAUCGGGAUAUUUGAUCGUUUAAUUAUGGUAGAGUAAUGAUACGUAUUUACACCCUGGGGUCUACUACCGAAAGAUUUAUUCUACUGUUGAUAUGGCCUUUAGAUUUGCUCGGCCUCUGUUGAAAUAGCGAGUUGUAUCCUGAGGGAGUUGUCAAUGACUGGGAAAUAUCACUUUCUUCCUUAUUUUACUUCUGGUAUUCCUUUCCAAUUACUGCGGGUUCAAUUAUUUUUUAUUCAGUGAAUAUCUCAGGAUUUACGGGAAAUAUCGAGAAUUUUGUGAGGACCUUUUUUGUGGGGCUAGUUAUCGUCUAUAAAAAAGGUUAUUAUUAAAAUUUCAAUAUCUCUCUUCUGUUCGGAGAUAUUUAUCGAAAAUUCGGCGGAUAGCCAAGUCCUGAUGUUUAAACUGUUUUGCCACUUUCCUGUUCGGGUAAUGAGUUUUAUUUAUUAUUGUUCAAGUUUUUUGCGAGAAUUAUCCGAAAGUCGAUCCCGUCGAGAGGACCAAUUCUAGUUAAGUCUAGUCAUGUAAUUUUAAGAAGUAUUUAGCUGGAUAUCCGAUAUUAUUGGAGAGAUUAUGUAAGAUUUAUGAAUGUUUAUGAAUAAAUGGAUUAAAUUAU